AUGUCUACAAAUGAUUUACAAAAAUAUAUUGGGACACGUGGACCAAAUCGUGAUAGAACUCACAAAAUAAGACCUCUUAUAGAAACAUUAAAAAACAGUUUUAGACGUGUUCCAAUAGAAGAACAUUUAGCUGUUGACGAGCAAAUGUGUAGCACCAAAGCUAGAAGCUCGGUAAAAGUUUAUAUGCCUAACAAGCCACAUAAGUGGGGCUAUAAAUUGUUCGUUCUUAGUGGUGCCUCCGGUUUCGCUUAUAAUUUUGAACUUUUUACGGGCCAAGAAAACAAUUCGGAGCUACGAAAUAAAAAUGAACCAGAUUUAGGUUCCAGCGUUAAUGUAGUAGUUCGUCUAGGAAGAGUUAUACCAAAACAUCAAAAUUAUAAAUUAUUUUUUGAUAACUAUUACACAACCUUACCACUAUUAGUUUAUUUGAAAAAAGAAAAUAUACUCUCCCUAGGUACUGUUCGAAGAAAUAGGCUUAAGAAUGUAGUGUUGCUUGAUGAUUCAACUAUGCUAAAAAAACCCAGAGGAACAUAUGAUCAUUGUGUCACUAAUAUUAGAAAUACAGAUAUAGUCGCGAUUACAUGGAAAGACACGAAAAAU